CAACUCCAUUUUUUUUUCUAUUUUUUAAUUUCUUUUACAAUUGGGGCUGGGCUGCCUUAUAUUGGAGAUUCCUCAACCAAAAAUAUCCAUCUUAAAAACCGACGACCGUAUAUCGAUAUCGCGAUUUCUCUCUUAAGCGUUGAGAAAUGGCUGGCACGUGCACCACUGGCGGCGGCGGAGGUGGUGCUGGUGGAGGAGCCAGGGAGAUCAUGCUGUUUGGUGUUAGAGUGGUGGUUGAUUCCAUGAGGAAGAGCGUCAGUUUGAACAACUUGUCGCAGUAUGAGCAGCCUCAAGAGUGCAAUAAAUCUGACAUUCAUAAGGAUGGAACCAAUAAUAAUAGCAAGGAGGAUGUGGCUGCUGCUACUGCUGCUGGUUAUGCAUCUGCAGAUGACGCCGUUCCUCAUUCAUCCAAUAGUCGCGGCGAGCGCAAGCGAGGAGUUCCGUGGACAGAGGACGAGCACAAGCUAUUCCUUAUAGGAUUGCAGAAAGUUGGGAAGGGAGAUUGGAGGGGAAUCUCUCGUAAUUUUGUCAAGACCCGAACUCCAACGCAGGUAGCAAGCCACGCCCAAAAGUAUUUUCUUCGCCGGAGUAAUCUCAAUCGCCGCCGACGCCGUUCUAGCCUUUUUGAUAUUACCACUGAUACGGUCUCGGCAUUUCCAAUGGAGGAAGAGCAAGCUCAUUGCCAAGACAACAAGAACAUCACGGUUCAGUCGCAUCCAGUGCCACCUCCAUUACCUGAAACCAACAAUAUCGGCAACUUCCAUGUGAUGCCGGCUUUCCCUAUGACCACCAGUCCUGUUGUAUUGCCUGUCCCAAUUGAGAGUCCAACGAAGAACUUGUCACUGGGACAAAGUAAAGGAGCCACUAACUUGGCCGCAAAUCUUAUCCGACCGAUUCCUGCCCUCCCAAGCCCUCAUGCUUCUGGAAUAUCUGACCUUUACUUAAACUUGAAGUCAUCUGAGGACCCAUCAUCGUUGUCACUCAAGCUCUCUCUGCCAUGUGAUGAGAGGGAAUCAUCAUCAAUGCAAUCAGUGUUUCAGGUGAUGUCUGGCUUGAACAACGGAGAUAGCAUGAUCAGUGUUGCUUGAGGAAGGAUAAUAAGGUUGAAAGGUGGAGGGUGCAUAAUUAGAUGGCGGUAUGGAUUAGAGAAGAUAAAAAGUAAAUUAGAUGACUGGAUAAGUAAUCCUUUGAUGUACAGACCAGAAAAGAACUGUCAUCUCAUUUAUUGUUGGUUUAUGGUAUUAAGUUAGGUUCUUGUUCUUUUGUUUGUAGUUUGUUAUGAGUGGAAGAAUAAGACCCAAGUAUUCUGUUCAUCAGUACUGGAUUUUGUCCUUUCUUGAAAUGGGUUUAAAAUAUCAGAUGGGUUGUUGUGGCA